GGACGAGCUGAGGGCCGGGCCGCGGCCGUCACCUUCCGUGCCCCGCUGUAUCCCCGCGGGCCCCAUACAGCGCGGGGCGCCGCAGCUCUUGUUCCGUUUCCUUCCAGAGAGAGUAUAAAAGGGAAAGCGAAACUCCGCUUGAGGGAGUGCGAUGUUGGGGACAAGUUCUCCCAUCUGCCUCUGCGCAAGGCUUCGGUGCUGCUGCCGCUGCUGCUGCGGGACGGCGCGCUGUGCCUGCUGCUCACCGUGCGCUCCGUGCAGCUGAGAAGAUCACCUGGGGAGGUGUGUUUUCCAGGAGGCAAAAGGGAAGAAAUAGAUAAAGAUGAAAUUGAUACUGCUCUCCGAGAAGCCAAAGAAGAAGUGGGACUGCAGCCAGAGCAGGUGGAAGUCAUCUGUAGGCUUGUGCCUGGGAUUGAUAAAAUUAAUCAUUUGGUAACACCAGUUGUAGGAUUUAUAGAGGAUACGUUCCAGGCCUCUCCUAAUCCAGAUGAAGUGAGCGAAGUUUUUGUUGUGCCAUUGGAGUACUUUAUCAAGCCCUUAAAUUACAUGGCCUUGCCGUAUAAAAACUCAUCUGGUUACUUAAGCUGGAUGCACUGCUUUACAUAUGAUGACCACGAACAUAAAAAGUCAUUCAAAAUAUGGGGACUUACUGCACAUUUUGCUGUAUUUCUUGCUAUUGUAAUUUUUAGGACGAAACCCACCUUUGAAGUUCAUUAUGAUCUUGACAACUUAAUUACAUCUGCUGAGAAUGGUUUUAUGAACUUAUAUGCAUCCAUAAAUGAAAGAAAGAAGAGCAGUCUAUAACAAACUGGUCUGAUAAUCUCUGUUGAAGGAGGAAAAAGGUUUAGGCUUGUUUCUUUCUAUCCGUUACUUGAUUGAAUUUCACAUUUGCAUUCCUGCUGAAUUGGAAAACUUUUUUUAAUAAAACCAAGCUGUCAAACAUUAACUAGAUUCAUAAAUUUUACCUGUUUUUGAGUUAUUAAAAGCACGCAGUACUUUUUUUAUGAACUUAUCGUGCAGAUUUAGAAGAUCAGGUUCAAUUUCUGCCUUUGUUUUGUGUGAUUCGAGACUGACUUUCUGUGCCUUUCUUCCAUUUAAUGAAAAAAAACUUCUGAUUUUUGCUUGUUUGAAAUAGAACAUAAAAACUUUUUGGAAUCUGUCCACAUCUUACUAUAUGCCGUAUUGCAUAUCUUCAGAGCAUACACUAUUGUUUGCUAUCUUCAACCACUUGAAAAAACAUAAUAAAAAUAUAUAAGGUGGCAAGUGCUUUUACAAUUUAUUUUGUUUUGGUUGGGGCUGUGGAGGGAGGGAAAGAGGAGGUUUAAUGAGUUUUAUACCUCUUGCCCUAUUUAAUACUUCUUCCUGAAUUUCUCUAGGCCAUGGAAAGCUUAGUGUACGUGUAAUGGUACUGAACUCUGCUUCUCAGCAUCAUUAACAUCAUUCUAUCAGCUCCAACAGUCACUUUAAGGAGGGAGGAGUGUUAUUCAUCAUUCAUGAAAUCUUAUAAUGCUCAUCUGUGGUUGAAUCUGUACCAGUAGCCCUGGCAUUCUUUGCACAGUGAAUCCUUAUUGACUUGCUGCUAGUGAACUAGAAGCUUAUAGAGGUCACAACAUUGUUGGCAAAGGGUUAGUUUUUUAAAAGUUGACAGAAUUUGUCUGCAUUUGAGAUGCAGCUGGGAAGUUAACAGGUCGCCAGUCUAUAAACUGCAGAUCUUUGAGCAGUGGGGAUGAAACUCCUGGAGAAGUUGUGGUUGGGUUUUAAAAGAACAGUUUUUAUUUGUCACUGUUAAACACCUGUGAAAUUAUUGAAGCAUUUGUAAAAAUCAGUGCAACUUUAAGCACUUAAUCAUAUUUGUAUGAGUUUCUCUCAGUUCUAGUGUACAUAGGAACAGAAGCUAAUUAAAAUGAGAACAUUGUUAACUAAAAUAGGGCAAGCCAAUUGGACCUUUAAUUAGUAGAGAGGUACUGUGAGCCAUAAUUACUAAAUUAGCAUCCUUCUCUCAGCAGAAUUAUUUUCUUUCAUUCCUUAAUGGAAUCGGCUGUGGAAAUUGUACAAAUAGUACAGAUUCAAACUGCAGUUUGUUUAUUUGUCUUUUCUUAAAUAUUAAUGUGUGGAAUGGUAAGAACAAGAACAACAGUUACACUGUUACUCCUGUAGAUACUGAGUCAAAACAACCAUUUGAACUAAUAAAAAAUAGGAUUCAUAGAGGUCCACACAACCCAAAGUCCUUGAGUGAUCUGCUCUAAAGCCACUAGAACUUAAUGCUUUACAUUCUACGUAAUUUUACUGACGUUAAUUUUGAAAUUUGGGAAGUUUCUUUAACUAAAAAAAUUCUCCAGACAACCAUCUGGCAUCUGAGUGCCCAAACACCCCCUUUGAGCACAAAAACAAUAGAAGAAAACAAUUGCCUGCACUACAGCUGCAAGUUUCACAGUAACUAAUGAGAGAUUGUUUCUUUGGGCAGUCUUUAGAUAAAACUGCCACAGUUCUUCAGGCAGAAAUGAGAGGAAGAUUCCAUCCUGCAGCUCUCAUACCUAAUGAGUGUCCUGUUCAUACUCAAUUUCCUGUCUUCAAGAGGGAGGGAGUGUGCCUCAAGCUGAGCAUCAUGAAGUCUGGUUUUUCCCUGACUGAUGCUGCCUGUGUUCAAGAAAUGAAAGCAUGUUUCCCUCAUCAUGGGUAAGUGCUCUGUUGAGUUGAACAGCGCAUCAAAAGGGAGCUUACAGCUGUUCUGCACUUUGUGAGGUAGAGUAUGACUAUACAUUAUGUGACAUCAAACUUGUAAAGUGGUUUCCUGGGAGUGAUGGAUCUUUGCUUGGUGCUGCAGGGAUGUGUAAACUGAAAACAAUGUGGCAAAUACGUUGUUCUGAGAAUUUCCUAUUAGAAUGCACUCUGCUCUUUGAAUUAGUUCACAGCCUCUGUCAAAUAAUUCUGCAUUGUAUUGGAAACAAAAUUUUAAGCAUCUAAUGCAUUGUAUUGUAAAUAAAAUUUUAAGCAUCUAAAAAAGAGCCUGCUUUUUGUUCCAUGGAGCAAAUGCCUUGCAGUUUAACACUGAAUGUUACAGUGCCUAAGUUCUCUUUAAAGUCUGUCUUUAGAGUCAUGUAAUAAAGUCCUUACCAAGAA